AUAUACAUAAACACUGGGCGUGGCCUCACUGGCCUGCAAACAACUCGCACAUUGCAUGGAGGGUGUGCUGCUGCCUGCAGCAUAGUGAGAAAAACCAAGAUGACACAUACUGAGGUAAAAUCACUGGAUGUGAUUCUUGACAACAAGCAGAGAGUUGGUUACUGCUCUGGUGAAGUAGUGUCUGGACAUGUUUCUCUCAAACUCUCGGAAGCCACCACAGUCAAAACCAUAAACGUAUCACUGAAGGGAUAUGCUCAGGUGAGUUGGAUGCAUAAACGAUCCCGCUGUUCCGAAGAGAAGAAAUGCCUCUCUUUAUCCAAGACCCUUGUUCCAACAACAGGUCCCCAAAACCUAAUCCUUGAUAGUGGCAUAUAUGAGAUCCCUUUUGAUCUGCAACUACCUCAAAGUCCUUUGGUUUCUUCUUUUUCUGGAAAACAUGGUCGUGUUUACUACAUGGUGCAGGCAGUUUUAAAAAGGCCAUUCCGUGAGAGUCAAUGUGUUUGCAGAGAACUUUGCAUCAUCAGUCAUAUUGAUGUCAGUGUGCCAACAUUAAUCUCUCCAGUGUCACAAACCUGUAAGAAGAUGGUUGGCUGCUGGAUCUUUACUUCUGGUCCCAUCUCACUGACUGUCAGCAUAGACCGACAAGGUUAUUGCAAUGGAGAAUCAAUCCCAAUCUAUGCUCUGAUUGAGAACCGUUCAUCUCGUCUAGUUGUGCCAAAAGCAGUGGUAUACCAGAUACAGACCUAUACAGCCAAGGGUAAAACAAAAUGCAUCAAACAGGUGGUUGCCAGUGCUAGAGGAAAUGUAGUGCCAUCUGACACUUCCAGCAGGUGGAAUGGAAAGGCAUUGAAGAUUCCUCCAAUUUCUCCCUCCAUUCUGAAUUCAGACAUCCUGAGAGUGGAAUACUUACUUGCAGUUAUUGUUCAGAUACCAGGUACCAAAAAUCUAGAAGUGCAGUUUCCAGUGGUGAUCGGUACCAAAGGUCUUGACAUGAACAGCCGUUCCAUUGUGAACAUGAGCUUGCUAUAUCCCACAUUUACCCUUCCAGACAUAGCUGAAGCCCCCCCAAGCUAUGCAGAGGUUAUGUCAGAGGAACAGUUUGAGGAGCACAGAACUUCAACCUGCCAAUCACAAGCAGACUGGCUGCUAGAUGGCUCAGCAUUCGCUUGUGUUCAGCAGUUCCGCCUCCAGCCGCCUCCUCCUUAUUCAGAGAUUUGCCCAAGUGAACCGUAAUCUUUCAGCCAAGUUUCUUUUGUGGAGAAGACCAAAGAACCACCUUGUGCCUUAAUUACACUAUAUAUAUAAUUUUUUUUCACGUUGUUUAUGGAUUACAGGUGAAAUCUUUGUUUUGAUCAUGAGCUCAUGUCAAAGUUCUGAAAGCGGUAGUCAAACACAGCCAGACUAUUGUCAAGUUUUGUCCACUUUGCAACGUAUUCUGGUUUUCUGCUGUUUUUCUGUACUUUUCUGUCUGUUAUUGUGAUAACUAUUUAAAUCAGUCUAUAAACUGCACAUAAAAAAACUCUAAUUCACACUAACAGGACACAUUGUCUAACUGGGUGAUUACUGGCCAGAAUACACUGCAAUGUGGACCAGAUUUCUAAAGUCUGGCUAUGUAAUACUACUGUCAUGGCUUAAAGAAAAUGAUUGAUAAUUUUUGUAAUUUGUGAUCAUAAUGUCUAAAUAUUGUGGUUGUUUAAUUAUUUAGCACUGACACACUAAAUUCUUUAUAUUAUAAGGUGUUGUUUUGGGUCCAAUUUGAGAUAUCACAAGUAUACAUUAAUUCUCAGAGAAAAAAAAACUGUCACUGGGGCCCUUUCAAAAGGUACAUAUGUGCACCUUAUUUAUCCCUAAGGGGUGCAUUCCAUUACCUUUAAGGUACAAAUUAGUACUUUUUGAAAAGGUACCACCUCAGUGAAAGCUUGUGUACUUUUUUUCUGAGAGUGUAGGUGCACUUAUAUCCAUGUAAUAUUAUUCAUCAUGUCUAGCUGGUAAAUUAUCACUAAAAACAACAACUAGAAAGCAACAAGCCAGAUGGGGUAAACUGGAUUUGUACUGUUUUUCACAACAUUAGAACUUAAUAAAAUCGUUAAUUUUUUGUACAACUAAUGAUCUUUUGACUUAGUUCAUUUAGUGCGAGUGUAAUGUAAUAAGCAGAAACUCCCAGCCAUAAAAAAAUAAAUAAAUCUGAAGCAGCACUGCUGCAUUAGUUGCACAAAUGUUCAUCAGUAACUCUUCACAGUCUCACCUGUCACAGAGGCCUUUCAUUUGUAUGGGAAAGAUUAGAGUGGCAUAACUAGAUAGUUCCUUAUUCAGUGUCAGAGAUACAUACACUUUAUUUCAGUGUCAGAGAUACAUACACUUUAUAUGAUACUGAUGUUAAAAUUAACACCAACAAUGAGUUUCAGAAAAGUGCACAACUGUAAAAAA